GUGUGAGGAAUAAAUAUUUGUGAGCAGGUAAGAACCACCGCAACUUUCCAUGGCGGUAUAUGCUCAUUAAGUUAACUUUUGUUGUGUAGUGAAUGACGACCGUAUCAGAACAGUAGCUUUUUAGAGCGUGGAACGAUCGAACCGCGGCCUCCGCCUCUUGAACUGCAGCGUCGACCACAUCCCGUAAUAUGGCCAGUACGCUUGUCGAUCAACUAGCAUUCUUGCGGCGGUAUGAAGCGGCCUUAAACGACGGCAGUCCGACUGGGGUGACGAGAUGCUUCGAGUUUCUCAGUGAAGAUAUCAGAUGUGAAUUCACGAACCACAUUGACUUGGUUCAUUUCUGUAAGAUGCGUAAGCACUUACCUGAGGAGAUAUCCUCGUGGCGCACGCCCGGGGACGUGGCGCCAUCCAUUAUUCGUCUAUAUAAACAACUUAUCCUGACGAAAUUAGUGGAUUCAAACUACAACGCAACUGACGCAUUGGUUGAGGACUUAUAUGAUGUCAUCAGUUCCGAAGCGUUGGAGUUUCUACGUGACAACAGCGUCACGUUUUCGGAAGACGAUCUCAUUGGACUGAAGAGAAAGUGCCAGAAAAUACUGGAUUCAAAAGGGAAAUGCAAUUCCGAAAUUGUUCUGUCAGUUCUACUGAAGGAGGAAGAGACUAAGUCUAAGGGAGAGUGCAAGAGCUACGCCUUCUCCCACAAGACGGUGCAAGUGAUGUUCGCUGCAGACAACGUCGUGCGGCGCAUCCUAACCCACUGCAACGUCUCCCUAAACAGCAUCCUGGCAGUCACGACAUGCGGAAUGACUCACUUGCUGGAGGUGCUGCUGCACGUGGUGCCGGCACUGAGCAGAUUCAGCCCCCAUAAAUUGGAGGAGCGGUGGGAAGAUCUGAAGAAGGCGUUGCGGGACGCCGGCGUCAUCGGCGCCGACAAUGUGAGAGACUGCGUUGCCCGCUGCAGUCCCGACCACGCGGGGAUGGUGGCGGAGAUCGCCGCCCUGGUGGCCGACGUGAGAUGGAACGUCUGUAACGGUCGCCAUGUGGCCGCAGUUGUCGAGAUGCUGCAAUAUGGCGCGCCUAGGAAGCUGUGGGUACACAUGAAGGCCGAGGCCCUUAGGGGGGCACCGUGGGGGGCGCUCGUGGCGGCGGCAGGGUCGAAGGGCGUGGAGGUCUGGCUUUGUCUGGAAUGCCCUGACGACUACGAGCCCCAUGACGACCUCCUCCUGCCGCUGCGCCACAGCGGGGUGAGGCUGGGGGGGUUCAUCGGCUGCGUGGGCACCUGCGCUGGGGUCGCCGCCCUCGCCUCAUGCGUGGACACCGGCGCUGACCUCUACAUCCACAUGGCGGCGCCCCUGGACCUCAGCGUCCUCGGGGGGACAUACGAGGAGCUCACGGUGUACACGCGCCCCCUCCCGCCCCCUGGCCCCGCCUCCCCCACGUGGCCGCUGCCCCCCUCCCCUCCGCCAUCGCUGUACGUGGAGGGGACGACUGAGGGGUCCUGGAGGGCCGUGGCCCGCACCAUCAUCUCCCUCGCCCCCCCUGGCAAGAGGUUCCACAGGCUGGGUCUGCCGGCCUGCAGGCUACGCGCUGUAGAGCUGCCGCAGCUGCGGCAGUUCACGAGAGACGAAUGCCUGCAGUCAACGGCAGAGCGGCGCACUCUCCUCGCUUGUUCCUCACGUCUUAAUGUCGUCACAUCUGAAUGA